UGAAAAUGCAACUUUGUAACGAAAAGAGUGUGUUCGAGGCCGGAAAUCUGGCCGUCAAAAUGAUGAAAGUGAAGAAAUCAGAUGCUUCUCAGCCGCUGGUUGAGCUGCUUGUGGUGGCGCCAGAAGCACAAGGCCGAUACCCGGUUGUGCUCUUCUGCCAUGGCUACUGCACUCAAACUAGUUGGUAUUCUCAACUCCUGCGCCAUAUCUCGUCCCAUGGAUACAUACUUGUCGCACCUAAGUUGUACCAAUGGCUGGUGAUUUGCACGAAGGACGAGACGAAGACGGCCGCAAACGUGACAAAGUGGCUACCGGAAGGCCUCGAAGCGUGCCUACCCGAAGACGUGAAGCCCGACCUCUCCAAAACAGCCGUAAUGGGGCACAGCCGAGGUGGCAGGACAGCGUUCGCCCUAGCACUCGGCCACCGCCAUGCCUUCAAGGCACUGGUGGGGCUCGACCCAGUGGCGGGCCCCACUCCCCCAGCGUGGGUCGAGCCCCGCAUCCUGUCCCACGUCCCGAGGUCCCUGGACGUGGGGAUGCCCGUGGCCGUGGUGGGCACGGGCUUGGGCAGCAGGGGCAAGGGCGGUGGCAUCAUCCCGCCCCUCGCCCCGGACGGAUGCAAUCACUCGGAGUUUUUCAACGAGAGCAGGCCGCCGUGUUGCUACUUUCUGGCGAAGGAGUAUGGGCACUGCGAUGUGUUGGAUGAGGAGGGAAUGGGGCUGGGGAUGGUGUGUAGGAGAGGGAAGGGGUGCAAGGAGAAGAUGAGGAGAGGUGUUGGAGGGGUAGUUGUGUCAUUUCUACAUGCUUAUUUGAGAGGGGAUUGCCGGAUUCUUGACGGCGUCGUGGCGGCGCCGGAUGUUGCUCCUAUACUUCUCGAUCCGGUUAUUUAUGUCAAGGAAUGAAGA